AUGUGCGCGCAGGUGCCGGCAGUCGCGGCAGUGCUGGCGGUGGUGUAUGGCAUCUGGAAUUUCCUGCGCUCGCGCCAGCGCGUGUUCCUGCUGGACUUUGCCUGCUACAAGCCGCCUGAGAACCUCAAGGUCGGCCUGGACGGCUUCAUGAAGGGCUCCAAGGACUCCGGGGCUUUCACUGAGGAGAGCCUGGAGUUCCAGAGGCGCAUCAGCCAGCGCAACGGUCUGGGUGAGGAGACGUACCUCCCCCCCGCGCUGCACAUGGACCCCCCCGUGGUCAACAUGGAGAAUGCGCGCGAGGAGGCGCGAAUGGUCCUCUUCGGCGCCGUCCAGGAGGUCUUCGACCGCACCGGCCUGACGCCGCGUGACAUCGACAUUCUGGUGGUCAACUGCUCGCUGUUCAACCCGACCCCCUCGCUGUCCGCGAUGGUGGUCAACCACUUCAAGAUGCGCGGCGACGUGAUCUCCUACAACCUGGCCGGCAUGGGCUGCUCUGCGGGCGUCAUCGCCAUCGGCCUGGCCGAGCGGCUGCUGCGCACCGAGCCGGGGAAAUACGCACUCGUGGUGUCCACCGAGAACAUCACCCAGAACUGGUACCUGGGCGACGACCGGUCGAUGCUGAUCCCCAACACGCUCUUCCGCAUGGGCGGCGCCGCGAUGGUGCUGACUAACCGCCUGUCCGAGCGCUGGCGCGCAAAGUACGAGCUGCAGCACGUCGUGCGCGUCCACCUAGGCGCCGACGACACCGCCUACGAGUGCGUGUACCAGCGGGAGGAUGAGAAGGGUGCGGUGGGGGUGGAGCUGAACCGCGACCUGGUCAAGGUGGCCGGCAAGGCGCUGGAGAAGAACAUGACGCGCAUGGGGCCGCUCGUGCUGCCGGUCACCGAGCAGCUGCGCUUCGCAGCCAAUUUUGCCGCGCGCAAGCUGCUGGGCCGCCGCCACCUCAAGCCCUACGUCCCCAACUUCACCAAGGCCUUUAACCACUUCUGCCUCCAUGCCGGCGGCAGGGGAGUGAUUGAGGGGCUGGGCGGCCAGCUGGGUCUGAGCAGGAAGCAAGUGGAGCCCUCCUUCAACUCCCUCUACUGGUACGGGAACACAUCUUCCGGCUCGCUCUGGUACGCGCUGUCCUACAUCGAGGCCGCGCAGUCCGUGAAAAAGGGCGAGGUCGUCUGGCAGGUCGGUUUUGGGUCGGGCUUCAAGUGCAACAGCGCUGUGUGGAAGGCGACGCGCCACAUCCACGACACGCGCCACGCAGCCUGGGCGCACCUGAAGAACGGCAACCUCGAAAAGGCCUGGCAGUAUGUCCAGGUGAGCACCCCCUGCAACCCGCCUGCUUGCUGUCCUUGUUUUUUCCCCUUGCUGAUGAGGCAGGCAUGA